AUGGAAUCCAUAAAGGGAAUGGAUUUUACCUUGUUUGCUGUGACUGUGUCAGCUUUUUCCUAUGUGGUUUAUAAUGCUUUAUUCCUCGCAGCUCAACUAUGGGAAGCCGUUGCCACGCUUCUUUUGGGUUUGUACUACGUUCUGCUCAUUUAUGGCUACGUAAAGAGGAAAAAGAGAUUGUUUAUGAUAGGGACGGGCCUACAGGCCGUUGCUACCGUAGUGAUAUUUGGAUUGUUCGUGUUUUUCUUCGUAGAAAUAUUCGUCUCCCACUCACUUGUAUAUAAGGUGCUGACGUACAUAAGCCAGACGGAAGAGAGCCAAAGAGUCAAAAUUGCUCGGUACACUUCAAUUGGAAUGGCAGUCGAUUCGCUUGUAACGGCCGCACUACACACAUGGGCUCUAGUCAUGUGCAUUUUAGAGUGCAGAGAAAUGGAUCAUGAAUCUGAUGCACCUUUCGAGGCGAUGGCUAUUCAUACAGAACUCGACUUCCCAGAAGUGACACAGGUGAACAUUCCGUCUCAGAGUGACAUCGUGAAGGCGAAAGAGAAAGCUACCGAGACGAUUAUUGCUCAGUUGGGAGAGGAGCGGUUCACACUGCCUCGUCUUCAAACCUCAUCAGGCGGCGGGAUUGUCGGCACGUCACGAUUCACAACACGGCCUGAUCAGUCAGGCGGCGGGAUU